AUGAAAGAGGCAAAGGGUGGACUUGCAGAGUUUUUGGAUGACACAAUUCAGCUAUCUACCAUAGUUUUAUUGAUUUUAUUGGAAGCAGAUACCAAAUUUGAGCGUUUCACAUUGUUCACCAAGUUCCUCUCGGUGCCUUCCAAUAUUUUCCAAGGUGUUCAGUGGACAUUGCCCAGCUGUAUCCUGAGCAGACAGAAUGAGAGUGCAAGAGAUUUGCCCCGAUGUCCAUUCACCCUAUUGUUGCCGUGCUUUGCUGUGCUUUCAGACCGGGACAUUUUGGAGCCAGAUCUCAAUAACAGCAACCUCAGCAAUGGAACCUGGAGUUUGGCAGUGGAGAUGAUGGACAAAGCCGAGAACAUGUCCGCAAUGGCAAAUAUGAUGGAGUGGAACGGUUCUUUGCUGAACAUGGAGACUGAAGAAAGUGGAGAAAGUGGAGAAAGUGGAGAAAGUGGAGAAAGUGGAGAAAGUGGCAACGACACGAUGAAUGACACUGACAAUAAGUCGUCAAUGCAUGGCCAUGGCGCUGAUGCCCGAACGGGCAACAUGGCUUUGGAGCACUUGGAUCAGUAUGACAACGAGUCUGUCAAUGACUCUGAGAACGACCCUGCCAAGUGUCACCGGCAAGUUUUCAUUCCAAAGGCAAAGAACAUCUUCAAACUGAUUGCUAAGUCGGCUAAGUUCACCCAUUCGAAGUGGGAAGUGGGGUUUUUGCCCUGCGUCCCAAUCUUUGUAGCUGUUGAGAAUGGUCGCAACUUUUCGGCUGUACGUCCCCAAAUCACUUGGCGGGGGUUCCUGGAAGCCUAUCACCCUGUCCUCGGUUGGAUCUGGGAAGCAUCUGAUACCAAAGAGUUUCCCAACCCGGCGCACGUCAACGAGCUUGUGUGCGAAACAGACAACGUCCGGAAGCAGAUUGAGAAUCAUCCGACCGAGGGCUACACCAUUACCGUCUAUCUUUUUGCACUCGUCAUGUGGACUCUGAUGAAACUUGCCCAUGACUGGGCUUUGCUGGCAGGUGUAGCAGAAGACUUUACACUACUGAUCGGUGUGCUUUCAUGGGUGUUUCAAUUACUUGCAUCCUGCGCAGCCUUUUCCUGGGCAGCUGCUGUGACCGACGUCUAUGUCUCCAGGGUGCCUGAGCGGAACGGCGCUUGCUAUUACCAACUGGUGCCUGUCGCAACUUUGACAGCCUUGGGUGCUGCGCUUUUGCUGCUAUACCUUACUCAUGUGAAGAUGAACAACUUGGUCUUAUCCUUGGCACACGGCGACUAUCUACAUUGCAAAAUAUCCAAUGUGCCAUAUCGCGCAGCUCAGGGUACAGCUGCGUCACACCUGUUGCUGGCAAAAGGAGUGCGUGAAGAUUCCGAUGUUCUACCUCUACCUGCGUCACAUCAGCAGCUUCCGUUUCGAAACCGGAAACGGUUGGCCACCUUCGUCAGGAGUUUGUUCCAUGUCUAUUGGUUCCUUUUGUUUGGAUUCAUUAUCCCACUCGCCUCUGGCAACAUCUUCCAUCGCGUGACAGAAAUGGCUGUUAGCCAUGAGUGGUCUUUGGGCCCAAUGGUUUUCGCUAAACUUGCCACCCUCACAGCUGCUUCCACUCCAGUCAUUGGCAGCGUUUCGGCAGCCUGGAUGUUCUUUACCGUGAUACAGGAGGUCUUUACAGAGUGGAACAGUCUUCGGGCUAUUGAAAAGAUCAGUUUGUCUUCUCAACUUAUCCUUUUCAUCGCAAUGUUCAUGUUGGCUUUGAUCAUGCUUGGUGGGGCCUGGAACAUAGUUCAGGCUGUUAUUUUUCAUCCAGUAGCUGAUGGAUUGCAGCAGCACUGGGAAUGGAACGGAAAAAACACCGCGUGGCUCUUGCAGGCUCUUCCUGCAGCAUCUUGCAGCAUCUUUGCAUCAACAGUUGCUAUUGCACAGACCUUAGAUGCCCAGACCUCCCAGGAAGAGCAGUGCAAGCAGUGCAAGCAGUUCAUCGUGGACACUUGA